AUGUAUCCCUCUCAGUCUGUUCAUGUAUAUCUAUCUCUCUUAUCUCUGUUUCUGCCUGCCCUUGUCUGUCUAUCAAUCGCGCGAGCUCUCUCCUCUCUCUCUCUCUCUCUCUCUCUCUCUCUCUCUCUCUCUCUCUUAUUUCUUUCUGUCUUUUUAUUAAUUCUCUCUUUCCAUUGCUUUUCUCUUUCUUUCUUUUUCUUUCAUACUCAUUUUAUUUAUUUAUUUUCUCUCUCUCUCUCUCUCUCUCUCUUCCCCUUUUUUCAUCAUUUCUUUUUUCUUUUCUUUUCGUUCUAUCACUUUCUCUUUCUCCUGUCAUUAGUUCUCUCUUUCUUUCCUUUACGGUGUUUCUUUUUUAUUACUCCUCUCUCUCUCUCUCUCUCUCUCUCUCUCUCUCUCUCUCUCUCUCUCUCUCAGCUUUUCAUCAUUUCUUUUUCUCUUCUUUUCGUUCUAUCACUUUCCCAUUCUCCCGUCAUUAGUUCUCUCUUUCUUUCUUUUAUUGUGUUUGUUUUUCUUACUCUCACUUUUUAUUACUCCUCUCUCUCUCUCUCUCUCCCUCUUUCUCUUCUCACUCUCUCCUCCCUCUCUCACUCUCUUCUUCAAUGUCCACUGUUGCAUGAUGAUGCUGUUCUCGAUAGGAAGUAA